AUGGCCCCCAGCACUGCCCUCAGCACGCACCAGAUGACUUUCACGGUGCCCAAGGUGCAGUUUCCUGGGCACAUGCAGUCCGGCCUGGGUCACCACCAUCAUCAUCACCACCACCAUCCUCAUCAUCACCACCACGAGCUGCCUCUGACCCCACCGGCUGAACCUGCGUCCUCCUACUCCUUCGAACUGUCCCCUGUUAAGGUGCUGUCUUCGCAGCCGCAGUCCAGCAGCCCCUAUUACCCCCAACACAACGGCGUGGGGCAAAACUUCCCCAGCUUCCUGCAGAACUCCUCCGCCAGGCAUCACCUUUCGGGCGGCCACGUGGAGGACGGGCAGCAGUGGUGGAGCCUACCACAAACCAACAGCGCUCCAGGCAACCACCCCUUCUCCCUGGGCAGGCAGCUGGUUUUGGGUCACCAGCCGCAGAUAGCCGCUCUCCUCCAGGGCACCUCCAAGGGUUUGCUGAGCUCCACGCGCCGUUGCCGGCGAUGCAAAUGUCCGAACUGCCAGACGAACAGCGGGGGGCUGGAGUUCGGCAAGAAGAGACUGCACAUCUGCCACAUCCCGGAGUGCGGCAAAGUGUACAAGAAGACGUCCCACCUGAAGGCGCACCUGCGCUGGCACGCCGGGGAGAGGCCCUUCAUCUGCAAUUGGCUCUUCUGCGGCAAGAGCUUCACGCGCUCGGACGAGCUGCAGCGGCACCUCCGCACGCACACCGGGGAGAAGAGGUUCGGCUGCCAGCAGUGCGGCAAGAGGUUCAUGAGGAGCGACCACCUGUCCAAACACGUGAAAACCCACCAGAGCAGGAAGGGUCGGUCCGGGCAGCCCCCUCAGGGCACAGACCCAAUGCUCGCUAGUAUUAAGAGAGAGUGAUCUGCUUCAUACAGAUUAAAAUAAAGCAAAAAAUAAAUAAAUAAGUAAAAUCUAUAACUGUGGGAAUCACAUUUACUGCCAUAGAUUUGCACUACAGGGUAAGAGCUCCCUGAAUGUUACUCUUCCUCGUCAGAAUCCUGCUUUUGAACUAACCUGGACUCUUGUGAAAAGACUUUGGUUGAGUGAAAUUCUGAUUGUUUUUUGACCCUAAAGAUGAAGCUUUUGCAGUCAUAUAGCGAUAGUUCAGCGUGAAGGAUUAAAGAGCCUUUGAUAUUCAUUAUGUAAAUCUUAUUUAAAUUUCAACUGGUGUGAAAGUCUAUUUUUUCAGACUUCAUUGUGUAAAUAUUUGACUAUGUUAAACAGCUGAUGAUAGGGUUCUCUACCUUAAUAUGUGCUCUAAUGAAUUAAGUUGAAUUUAAAUGUAUGCCUUAGCUGAAAAACUGCAGUUAUCUCAGAAACUAUUGGGGGGGGGAUUGCAAAUCGUAACUCGGUUUUCAUUCAGGAUUUGCCCAACUGAAACCCAGAAAUGGUUUGGAAAUUUUAACGCUUUAAUUUGUCUGUUUUUAAGAGGCAAAGCAAUAAAAUACGCUGCAGAUUAAUCCUUUCAAACUUUAAAUUGUUUGUAAGUUAUGUAAAACUAUUCUAAACGACUUUGGGUUUUGGCAGCAUGUAAAUUUGAAUAAACACUGUCAUGAAAAAAAAAGAAAAGAAAAAUAGCUUCUCAUUGCAUCAUUCCUGUGUUUUGUAGAGUUUAACUUUCUCCCCAGUUUUGUCCAUUCGGAGAGAUCUAGCAUUUUGUUUCGAUGGUAAUUUGAUUGCUUUUAGAAUACAACUGCUGUCCAUUGUGAUGCCAGUGUGAAGGAAGAAGCCCCUAAAAAACAUCCAACAUGCUGGGGCUGUUCAAAGAUCUUCACACCUCAAAGUAAAUGAGGAGGGGGGGCCGUUUGUGCCGCCCGCUGCAAUCAAGUUCACAGUCAUAUGGCUUUUUAAUGAGUGUUUUCUUUUUGUUUUUCUCCAAUAGAGAGGAUUGAGUCAACAGCUGCAUCACAGGGGCAGUGAAGAGGAAUUCCCUGUGAAUGGGACCCCUGUUGCCCGAGACCCCUCUGUGGUGACAGGAACUCCCUUUGAUUUUGCACCCUUGUGAAAGUUAAUACCCGCCCACCUCCUCCCCACCUCUCCCACCCAAGACCUCCAUAUAUCACGGCCGUGUUACGAUGGGCUCUGCUUUUACAGCCUAGAAUGAGGCUUUAUUCAGAUGGCCAGCCAACCAGAUGUCUGAUCAUCCAGGGGUUUCUUCUCUUUGUUUCAACUUCCUCUGGUGGGGAAGCGAAAAUAAGUGAAAUUUAUCGGGGGUCCCACAGUGGAGGGACCACUGUACUUUAUUGCUGCCAUCGGUUUAUUUUCAUGAAAUCAGAGGGACAGAAACCCCCUGGGCUAAAUCAGAUAACCUGAAACUUAUUCCAGAAAAAAAGCCCUGGCAUGUAGUUGAAUCGAUUGUAUGAGUGAGUGAAAAAGACUUCUUUUUCUUUAGCUCCAUUAAUCUCUCAGGUUAAAAUGUCUAAUGGUUCAUAUGUUAACCAUACGUUAAGAUGCUUUUUCACUCACUUCAGGAAAAUUUUCUCCUCAGAAACUAAUUUACCUACCUACCUAGUUGCUUCUUGUGCUUGUUUGUACACCAGGAUCCAAAACUGGACCGUUUGCGUACAUUAUGUCCCCUGAUUCUGGGCCGUUUCUCCUCCUACAGGAGUGCUGGUGAAAUAUAUGGGGACAUAGAUCUCCAUCCACUGCAACAGCAGAGUCCACCAUGUGACUGAGAGCAGUGCGGUCAGACAAGUGCUGCACAGAUAUCAAAAGUCAAGUGCUGUCAAUCCAAACUCUGUGGAAAUUAGCUCUAUUUCUAUUAAUGAAAGCAGUAAUUUCCAGCAAUGACAACAUAACUGAUGGUAAUGUCACGGUGACAUUUUAAAAGUUAUUUAGAGUCAUUCCAGUCACCGCAACAGAAACUCACGGCCGGUGUAGACAUGCAGAGUUCUUGCAACAUUCAGUCUGCAGAACUUGUUGCUAAUGCAAAUCUGACCAGCUGAUUUUAUUCAUGUCUUUGAAAGGUAAAACUCUGAACGGUCGGGAUCAAACACUGAAGCGGAGAUAGCAGCACUUAGGGAAGCCAUUUUAAGGGAUAUCAUUAAUUAAGUAAAUAUCUGUUAAUGUUACAACAGGCCAGAUGCAUAUAAAAACACAUUUGAGUUCACAAAUAAAUUUAGAGUUCACAGGUAAACAAAAAAAAAAAUAAAAAUUUUUAAUUGUAAAAAUGUUGCAUGACAAAAUCGUUGCAUUAUUUUUGGAAGAAACUGAAGAGACCGGGACACAUAAACCCACACAUUUUGCUCAGUUUCAAAAAAGACACUUUUAUUUUAUAUGAUACAACUCUUUCUAGUCGCUCAAAUGUGACACCAACCAGCCUUCUCUCUGUGUUACACCUUUUACUUUUGGUUCUCUGUAGAGGUAUUCCAUUGUGUGUUUCAUGCAAAACUGACUGAUCAGUCAUUCCAAUGAAAGCUCUGUAAAAUAAACAGAAGUUAAAAUCAGCUAACGUCCUAUCUUUCUGGAUUGUUUUGUUUUCAAAGUGAAUGAUAGUGGUAGUCUGUUUUGUUGUUUUUGUGAAAAGAUUUCCAAGUAUCUUGGACGGGAGCUCUGAAAUGUGAGGCCUUUUGAUCUUUGGUGCAGCUGUAUGAUCUAACUGAACUGGAGGCGAAAGUCUUUAGGGACCCCUAGCGGCCACAAAUAGGAGAGCUUUUCUCCUUUUGCAGCUCCUGUUUUUGAAAUGCUAACAGUAAUUAAUAUCCUUGAUUCUUCUUUUUUUUUUUUUUGAACGAGGAAUGGCAAGCCGAACCCUAUAGUAAGGACACAAAACAUCCUAAUUGCUGAGCUGCUGUUGUUAUUGGCACUUUUUAGGAAGAAGAAUCAUGCAAACAUCCAGCUGCAUUGAUGAGAGUUCUUGGCAUACCAGGGUCAUAGUUCAUCCUUCAAGUGGCUGUGUUAAAGUACAUUUUCUUUAUGGUAUGUACAGUAUAAGAUCCAUGAGGGCAAAAGUUAUAGAACGAGGGUCUUGACAUGACAAGAAUUGACUUAUAGUAUAACUUACUUUUUAAAACAAAAAUCAAUUCUUAUUUAAGGAUAACAAAAGAUAGGCGUAAUGUGGCAUUGCUCCAGUCAGUGACCUAGGAGAUUAUGCAUGCAACACUUUGGGUGAGUCUCUAUGGAUGCGUUUUUUCAACUCUUGAGGAGUUGCCCAAAGAGGGGAAAAAGAAGCAUGGGCUGACGUCAUACCCACAGAGAACCUCCAGAGGGCUCCCUCAUGCCUUCUUGUCCAGAUCAAAGGGAGGCCGGUCAAACAGAAUAUUGGAGCACGCAGGGCGCCCCUCAACACUGUUGCAACAAAGAAAGUUCCUCACUUUUCAAUUAAAUUUGAGCAAAUAAAGUUCUUGCGAUGACCCCCUCAAAUGUUCUGGCUUUCCUGUUCUUGUUAACAUAGACAGCACACUCAGGUGUCAGCAGGGAAAAUAAGAAAAAUAAAAUAAUAAAAAUCAUAUGGAUAUAAAUGGGGGUCUCUCCUUUGCAGGGUAUCAGAAUGAAACUUAAAGAAAUUUCCCAGAGGAAACAAGAAGAGGCGCUCCUUGCCUGCUCUCAUGCACACCCACAUAUCCACAAGUCAUUUUUCACAAACACACAUUCAGGCACACACUUAGCUCCAGUGAUUGCCCCAAUUAGGAAUGGAAUCAUCCAAGAUUUCGCUCCAUCCCUUUCAAAGAGAGGAAUACAAACUCUUCAAAAGAAAACAAACAAACAAACAAA